AUGCUUGGAAAUUUUCUCAUUUAUUCGAAAUUCGAGAUUAUUUUUAUUCUGAGGACAACUAUGCUAUCUUCUCAUCAGCAUUUCAGUUCUGUUCUGGUUCUUGUGUUCGACGAAGGCGAAUGCUCACUAGUGCAAGUCCGUGGAUCUGUUCCACUAUUCUGGGAGCAGCCUGGAGUUCAAGUGGGCUCCCACAAGGUGAAAUUGAGAGCCUUCGAAGCAAGCGGCCCGGCGUACCAUAGACAUAUGUCACGGCUAGUGUCGAUGUAUGGGAAAGUUACGGUCGUCAACCUUCUAGGCAGAAAAGAGGGAGAACGAGUUCUUGCUGAUGCUUUCCGGACGCAACACAAGAUCUCAAAAUUGGCUGAUUCAAUCGAAUUCAUCGAUUUCGACUAUCACUAUCAAAUGAAAAUCUCGAAGGACUCUCUCACUCACCUUAUCAAGAAACUUGUUCCGAUUAUUAUGAGCAACGCGGUCUUUUUGGCAUCCGAUGGAAGCGUGAAGAGCCAGCAAACGGGAGUCUUGCGAGUGAACUGUCUGGAUUGCCUAGAUCGAACCAAUUCCCUUCAGACGGCCAUCGGGCUUGUGGACUUCCCAGUUUGUUUGGAAUUGGCUCAUGGUCAGAAGUAUCGAGGCUAG